GUUCGUCCAAUUAGUGUGUAGGUGGAGCUCAGGAAGAGACCGACUACCGACACACGGACGGGCACGGAUCUGAGGUUUUUUUUUCAGUUCCUGAACGCGGAGAAGAAGGAAAAAACCCGCGUGAAGUUACUCUUCAGCUGCAGAAAGUUGACCCCAGACUGUUGAUCGAGUCCGAUGGUGUGGGAGGAAGAUUUCCCGAUGAUUGAAGUAUCGAUACCAUCGAUGGAGAGGGAAGUGGACGAGUCGGGGAAGACCAGAAAGCGUUUCAGAGUUGAAGUCUUGUUUCACGGGAGGAAACAUUUUGUGCUCCGAAGAAGCAGCGAGUUCCAGACUCUCCACAGAAAACUCAGGAAGAUCAUCCAGACUCCAGAUUUCCCGAGCAAAAGGAACCCCCUUCUGAGGACCAAACCUCUGGAGGAGAGGAGGCAGGAGUUGGAGGACUACAUCCAGGACGUCAUCUACCAAGACGAAGACGUGCCGCAGGUGCUGCUGGACUUCCUCCACGUGAAGCACUUUCACACGGGGAUCAAGGUCAGCAGCAUGGAAUCACUUGAUGAUUUGGACAGUCAGGAUUACAGUUAUCCGUUACCAAAUCAGCGAGUGUUGGGAUUCUUUCAGGAUCCUUAUGUCUCCGACUGCACAUCAGGUGGAACUACACACGAUCUCCCAGAUGUUGUCGUGGACGGUGUUCUUCAGGGUUUUUAUACCCGGGACGUCCGGGUCAGCUUCACGGCUCCCGUUCUCACCAAGCCCGACCCCCCCACCUCUAUAGAGGCCUGAGAUCACAGUUACAUGCAGGAUGUAAUGUUUAAAAAUAGAAUAUACAAUACAAGCAAAUGCACAAUGCCAGCAAGGAAGAUUAAAGAAAA